AUGAUAAACCAAGGUCAAACAACAGAGCACGAUACAAUACAACAUAAGCAAACUAUUACGAUGGGAGUACUUCUCGAGAUCAGAGCUGCUCAAAACAGCACAGACAAGAAUGCUUGUCCCAUCGAGUCAUUUGACGAAAAUGCCUCGCAGCCUUUUAUAGGAAGCUUGUCUUUCUAUCAUUUCAACAUGAUUCUGUCUGGCAGUUUUGCUGCAGCAGCAUGUCUUGUUAUCUUCGCUCUUAUGUUCUUGCAUGCCACGCACUUUAGCAAGGCAAACGAACAAGUCAAAAUUCUCCGGAUAUCCCUGAUCAUUCCAUUUUGGUCAAUCAUCUCCUUUCUUACAGUAUGCUUUCCAGCUGCCGAAGUUUAUCUGCACCCUUGGCUCGAGCUCGUGCAGGCGAUAUGUCUCGGAACCUUUUUUCUUUUGCUGUGUGAAUUCGUUUCCCCUAGUAAGCAACACAGAGAUGUCUUCUUCGCCGCCCUUACUGUAAAGGAUAAGAAGUCGGCUACGGGGACUCAAAACGGAUUGCAGUGGCUUCAGAGAAUGUGGCUCUCAGUUUUCCAGUACCCCGUGGUAGCCUUGUUCGUCGCUAUCUUGACGACAAUAACACAGGCCGCAGGGGUUUACUGUCAAUUCGCCAGUAAAGCGCAUUUUGCCAAGCUUUGGCUUUCCAUUAUCAGCAACGCCUCUCUCACUGUUGCCCUUAUGACGGUUGUAAGAUUGUACAUGACAUUGAAAUCCGAGCUUGCGCAUCACCAGCCGCUCGCCAAGUUUUUGUCAUUCAAAUUGGUUGUCACCCUGACCUUUCUCGAGACCAUCAUCUUCUGGAUUCUUCGUGAUAACGGAGUUUUGAACCCAACCUCGGUGAUGACUUGGGCAGAUCUCAACAUUGGCAUCCCAUCAAUGCUCAUCUGUAUCGAGAUGCUGCCAUUGUCGAUAUUCUUCCACUACGCCUAUUCAUACCGGCCUUAUGUAAUUGGUGGUGGCAAUGCUCGUCGUCCGCUUGCUGGUGAUGUCGAAGCAUACGACCCCCAAACGUACUCUGGCGGCCCUCUCGGAGUCUGGGCACUGAUUGAAAUGUGGAACCCUAUGGAGAUUGUCGAGGCCGUCAAAUUUGGAUGGCAAAUGAAGGCAGAGCAAAGAAGGCAAAGAAGUGCCCAAAAAGGCAUUUCAUUGGCAGGAAAUCAACAAGAAGACGUCAACCGAAGCGAAAGUCAGUAA